AUGCCAUUAGAACGCGACCCCUCCGGUUUUACAUUCAUCCAACACCCCUCCGGUCAGCAAACCCACUACAUCAUCAACGACUUUGCCGAUCCCUGGAAACCCCGAGAAACAAUCUUGAUACAACACGGCUUCGGACGACAUGCCGCGUUCUGGUACCAUUGGAUCCCCGUACUAUCUCGCAAAUACCGCGUCAUACGACGGGACUUGAGAGGCCACGGGCACUCUAGUUAUCCGAAAGGAUUGGAACAGUAUGAGUAUACUCUAGAAACAAUUUUAGAAGAGAUGCUCGAUACGCUCGACCAACUCAGCGUGCAGAAAGUGCACUUCCUCGGCGAGUCAACUGGAGGCAUCUUAGGCGAGAUAUUCGCAGCCAGGUAUCCAGAGAGACUUUUGAGCUUGACCGUAUGCUCGACACCGACUCAUCUGCCGCCGCAAGCUCUGCAGCUCUUCGCGUUCGGUAAGAAAGACUGGCCGACAGCGUGCAGGGAGCUUGGAUCGCGGGGUUGGGCGGAGGCCUUGUCGCGAAUCCCUGGUACGAUACCCGUGUCGGAUCCGCAGUACCUUCCGUGGUAUCUAGAGCAGAUUGCUAUUAGUGACGGCGAGGGAUUGGGCCAGUACGCGGAAUUCUUGUCGACGCUGGAUGCAAGACCGUGUUUGAAGAAGAUCAAAGUAUCGACGUUGAUCUUAUCACCGACACAGAGUGCCGCUGUCAAAGUCGAGGACAUGAAAGCUUUAGCUAAGACGAUCGAGGGAAGCAAGUUAGUGCUCGUUGAGGGGCCGGGACAUGAGAUAUAUGUUACUCAAGCGGAACAAUGUCAGGAGGCGUUCCUCAGUUUCUUAGAGGAUCUGAAUAGAGGGAGCACUAAAGACAAGAGUUAA